UGCUCUGCCUCCAACUCCCAACGCUUACAACCAAAAAACAGAGAAAAAAACAGAGUUACAGACAAACGCUUCCAAAGCCUGAAAAAUAAAUGGAUUCUCUCCUUUUUCACUCCCCAAAUUCCAACUCCUCAUCGGAAUCUUCAUUUGGGUCACCGGAAUUUUUUCCUUUCAAUUACAACUCUCUUCCUUUCAAUGAAAAUGACUCUGAAGAGAUGCUGUUAUAUGGGCUACUCGCGGAGGCUACACAAGAAACAUCAGAAAUAACGUGUCCUAUUCAAGUGAAAGAAGAAGAGGUUAGCUCAAUGGAGAAGGAAAGUCCCAAGAAAGAAAAGUCAUACCGAGGUGUAAGACGGCGGCCUUGGGGGAAGUUUGCGGCUGAGAUAAGGGAUUCAACCAGGCAUGGCAUAAGGGUUUGGCUAGGAACAUUUGACAGUGCAGAAGCAGCUGCUUUGGCUUAUGAUCAAGCUGCUUUCGCCAUGAGAGGCUCAGCCGCGAUACUCAACUUUCCGGUCGAAAAAGUGCAGGAAUCACUGAGAGACAUGAAGUGCAACCAAGAGGAAGGGUGUUCACCAGUGGUAGCUUUAAAGAGGAAACAUUCCAUGAGGAGGAAAAUGAUGAGCAGAAGCAGGAAAGAAAGAGAUGUGAGGAUAAACAAUGUGAUGGUAUUGGAGGAUUUAGGUGCUGAUUACCUGGAAGAACUGUUGAAUUCCUCUGAUCAAACAGCUAGACCUUGGUAAACCAAAAAAAAAAAAAAAAUCUUGCUCAUCUCUACUUCUAUGCUAUCAAUCUUCUUUUUCUCAUUUAUUUUUCUUUGUUUUGCCUGAACUUUUGUUUUAGAACCCCCCCUUUUGUAAGUAAAGAUUUAAGAAGGUUCACAUUUUGAUAUUUUAAAUUUUAAAUGUGUAUCCUCUUUUUCCUUUUUACCAUUCUAUGUAAAGUUGAGGAAUUAGCGAAGAAGAUGACAAUAAAAAUCAAAGUUUAA